AUGCUUGCCAGUUCCGGAUCUUUUCUUUACUCUCAACCCGGACAUGCAGACCUUCAUAGUUCAGUAUGGGAUGCGGCGACGGCUGAAGGAACACAGAACUUCAAUGCAGAUGAGGAUUUCCAUUUCUCAUAUGCCCAGGUUACUCCCAGAGGACAGGACCAGACUGAAGCCGUGGAUGACAUGACCAGCAAGUGGAUCGCUACGGAGCAAGCCCAGGCUCACACGUCGGAACCCAUGCGGCGACUCAGUUCUCGAGGCUCCUCUGGGAGCCACAAGAAUAGAAUUAUCAAAGCCUCCGCGCACAAGAGUCGGCCGAGGCUGCUCUCCCCUGUGUCUCAAGGCUCUCGCAUGUCGAAUUUUGACAUGACAGGUAACCACCAGAUGGACGCAUAUCUUCUCCAGGAUUCGGAUACCCACUCGGUAUCCUCUCAGAUGUUCUACCCCACACUGCCCCUGAGCGUAGGCCUAUCCGCGGACGGACUGCCCUACUCUCCUGUUGGCAUGCUCCCGAGCCUCCCGCAGGGAAUGGCCCAGCAGCAUGUCGAUCCCACGCACAUGCAGCUGAACUUCGACGCCAACUUGACCGGAAACUCGCCCGCUGCUACCACCUGGAGCUCGUUGAGCCCCGUGGAGUCCCGGAUUUCCACUCCCGGUCUGCCUGAAGACGGAUGGUCUGUCCCCAUGAAUGCGUCUCCUACGCACACCAACAACUCGUCACCAAUGAUAGAGGGCAUCUCGCCAAGCCUCGACCGCCAGAUGGGCAUGAUGACUACAGAGGAUCCCAAUGGAGUUCUUCUUACGGAUGACGUCUUCGUCCUCCCCCCUUCUUACACCCGUCGCUCCAGUGGUGAUGGUGAGUCUUCCGCCAGGGAUCACCCGCUAUACAAGAAUGCCUACCCCAAGUCCGACGGGUUGUUUCACUGCCCGUGGGAGGGCCAGAACAGCUGCAACCACAAGCCCGAGAAGCUGAAGUGCAACUAUGACAAAUUUGUGGACUCGCACUUGAAGCCCUACCGGUGCAAGAUCGAGUCGUGCGAGAAUGCUCGGUUUUCUUCUACCGCAUGCCUCCUCCGGCACGAGCGGGAAGCUCAUGCCAUGCACGGCCACGGCGACAAGCCCUACCUCUGCACCUGGGAUGGGUGCGACCGUGCGGUUCCGGGCAAUGGAUUCCCACGCCAGUGGAACCUGAAGGACCAUAUGAGACGCGUCCACAAUGACAGCGGAAAUGUCCUCAAUGUCUCGAGCGGGUCCCCCCCAUCCGGGCAUGGAUCUUCCGCACAGUCGGCCAAGGGCCGGAAGCGGAAGAGCAAGGACUCCAUAGACAGCACCAGCAGCCGCAAACAUGCGGCAAGGCUAUCCCAGGCAGAGGCUGCCAUGAGGGCCGCCGAGCGACCCAUGGUGGAUGAAUGGUACAAGCACCACAAGGCCCUCCAGACGUACCUCCAGGAGUACAGCGUCCCGGACGCAUUUGAUUACUUGCAACAACUCACCGAGGCCAGGGAUCACCUGGCUGCCAUGGGGAAGAUCUCCUCGAAGUUGCUGCAGUCUAACAAAGGGUCCAGCACCCACGACUCGUAUAGGCGGUCGCACGGACAUCACUCUCGCUGA